AUGUUCCAAGACCUCGACAUAUCUGACUUCGGGCUCAACAACGCUGCCGAGAUCUCGGCGUUGUUCCAGUUUGAAUCGCUGCCGGAGCCCGACUUCGACAGCCGGUCGGGUGAUAGCAAUCAUCUUUGGGAUAGCGAUGGGUUCAUGAAGGAAGUUGACAUCGGCGAAAGGGGCUUGCCUGAGCCAGUCGUCUUCAACUCGACCGGCGAUUCAAACGACGAGGUAGAGCGCCCCAUCGUCGGAAUCAUCAGCAUCGCCCGUGUCCACUCCUCCGCUGCUGUACUUUCCACAGCCCCCAUCGCCUUUACCUUCGCCUCCUUCGCCUACUCAACCACCACCUCCGGUGUCCAGACGGUCUGCAUCUCGGGAACACCGGCGGCGCGCAAGGUAGUACCGCUUCCGAGACAGAGCCUCAACGACAGGAAGGAGCUAUCGUGGGAGCUCGGACAGGCCGGGAACCAGGCUCCUGCAAUUUCGUCGCAGCCUCAGCCUGAGGCAUCGUCAUCUCGGGUGACGCUGGACAACCACGCAGAGACAGUAACCAGCUUCCCUGGUACCACUACCACUCGUCCGAGCAUUCAUCCUUAUUCCCUGCCGCCCGUCUCUGCGCAUAAGUCGCAUACGACGACCUACUACACAGGAACACAGGCACUCGCGGCGCCGAUGAGGCCCGCAUUCGAGAUACCCGUGAGGGAAGACCAGGUCGAGACCCGGCAAGGGUACAGAGCAUUCAGCGUUGCGGCUUCUGCGUCCAGUGCGAGAUCGGAGGAUGGAGGAGCUCCCGGUAUCACCACACCAUCUGCACCUAUUUUGGACGGAACCUUCGUCCAUACGUUCGUGCGAUCCGCGCCCCCUCAGCCAUACAUACAGCCGUAUACCAGCUCGGCUUGGACAUCAUCCUACGUGCCUGCCGAUUCACUCGCCUUCUCUGCGUCAACGCCCGGACAGAAGCGGAGACGAGGAUCUGAGGCCGAUGAAGACGGCGACACGCGCCCCGACCGGCACCUCACCAACCCCGAGCCAAGGCACGACCCAUGCUCCAACUCACGCUGA